CCGCAGAGCCCCCGCGAUGCGGAGCCCAGCUGCCCGCGCUGUCCGCCGCCGUGCCGCGGGAGAGGGCCGGGCUGGCCGCGCCACCGCAGAGCGGGAGUGAGGGGCGGGCAGACCGCGCACUCCGCGGCUGCAGCGCCGGGGGCGGCAGGGUCCGGCGGCGAGAGCGGGCAGCGCGGUGCUGAAGGGACAGCGCCCGCGGGCACCGCCCGCCCCGCCCCGCCAGGGCCGCCGGUGGGAGCCCCGGGAGCGGGGCGGGGGCACCCGGCCUCCGCCCGCCAGCCACCGCCCUGCCCGGCGCGGCCGGCCCCGCGGCCCCGUCCUGCACCCGCGGGAGCAGCUCCCCUGCGCCGCGCACGGCUCGCCGCCGCCCGCCCGCUGCGCCGAUGCCGGGCGUUGGGGCGGUCGGAGCGCGGUGCAGGCACCGGCCGCGCAGGAACCCCAGGAAGAGCCCCAAGGCGGAGCCGGGCCAGGCCGGGGCCGCCAUGGACGCGGCGAUUUGGAUCUACCAGUUCCGACUGAUCGUGCUGGGCGACUCCACCGUGGGCAAGUCCUGCCUCUUGCACCGCUUCACCGAGGGCCGCUUCCCGGGGCCGUUGCACUCCGACCCCACCGUGGGGGUGGACUUCUUCUCCCGGCUGGUGGAGAUCGAGCCCGGCAAGAGGGUCAAGUUGCAGCUCUGGGACACAGCGGGGCAGGAGCGGUUCAGAUCGAUAACACGCUCUUAUUACCGCAAUUCAGUGGGUGGCCUAUUGGUAUUUGACAUCACAAAUCGCCGAUCUUUUGAGCAUGUGAAAGACUGGCUGGAAGAAGCAAAAAUGCAUGUGCAGCCCUUUCAGAUUGUGUUCCUGUUAGUAGGACAUAAAUGUGACUUAGUGUCACAGCGUGAGGUUACAAGAGAAGAAGCUGAAAAACUGUCAUCUGACUGUGGUAUGAAAUAUAUAGAAACUUCAGCAAAAGAUGCCACGAAUGUUGAAGAAUCCUUUACAAUUCUUACACGAGACAUCUAUGAACUUGUAAAAAAAGGAGAAAUCUCAAUACAAGAUGGAUGGGAAGGUGUCAAGAGUGGCUUUGUUCCAAAUGUUGUACAUUCAUCAGAAGAAGCUGUAAAGCCCAGAAGACAGUGUAUCUGCUGAAUCUGUGGCAUGCCAAAGAGCAUGUCACGUGUUCAGAACAUGAUGCUAACCUAAAUAACAGAAUCAUAAUUUUGAAACAAUAUUAGAUCAUGACAUAGCUGAAUCAUAGAAUGGUAAUUUGGGUUUUUUUAUCCUUCUGACUAGAUCAUAAUUUCAUAAAACUUUAAGAGCUUGCUUUCUUUUCAGAGUAUAAUAACUUCAUGUGGUCUUCAGGAAAAGAAAUUAUAUCUUACUAAAGGAAAAAUCCUAUAGCAAGACACUGAGAAGUGCAAUAAUCAUUGUGACAGCAUCCUUGCCUGGGCUUUGUAUUUUGAAUACUGUUUAAAAUCAAGGCUCGCUAGGUGAGGAUCAGAGGAGCUCAUUACUUUCAUUCAUCCUGCCUUAGUUUUGAACAAGAAAAUACUGUACCUUAUACUUUUUUAAUGUGAUUCUUUACUCAAGUGCAGGGUUGCUAAUGACCAUUGAAGUUUAGAAUGCUGUAGAAUUUAAUAAUAAAGGUAACUAAAGAAAGCAAGCUGGAAGACUGCUCCAAUAGCAAACACUUUUGAUACGACUAUGAAUACGAGCCUUACUAAAGAAAAGGAAUGUUUCAGAAAAGAUGAUUUUUUUGUAUAUGAAAAUGGGGAAUAGAUGCAAUGAAAUUUAUUAUGAAAUAUUUUCUCAAUUGCCAAUGAAACUAGAUGUAACAUUACAUACGAUCCAACUCUUGUGUGACUCAUGCACAGAACAGAUUUCCCAGCCAGGGGAGUUAUAUUUCGGUGGCUGGAUUCUCAGCUGGGAAGUUAUCACAGCCACACUGAUGCCUAAGGGCUUAUCUUAAUUUACACAAACAAAUUCCCUAUUAGCUUUAAAAAAUAAAUCUACUUCUAACCAGGAGUAAAAGUAGGUCCAAAAGUGCUGCAACCAAUGGGGACCCAGGCCUUAAAUUUGAAUAGAGCAAGGACUUGUUUAUUCUCAGGCAGCAUAUGUUAAACUGUUGUCUAAAAAACAAAGGUUUUAAAACCAAAAGUGUUAUGAAUAGCGAGAAGAAAAUUUCUAAGAUAAUGCUUGGCUACAGAGGGCAAAGUUGGAGAAUCUCUAUUGUGAGAAAGCAACAUAUAGUAACUUUUCAUAACAAUAAUAAUAGGAGAAAUCUGUGAUCAUGUAGCAUUUUAUUGGGCUUGAGGUCAUCUUCCUACUCCUCUGAAUAUAACAAACACUAGCUUUAUGCAAACUAUGCCCUGUAUGUCUAGCACUUAAAUACCAAAUAAGUCUAUUUCUAUUUUAUUGUAGUAGUGUAACAAGAUGACUUGAUCUCAGAGUUGAUAAACAUCUACAAUUUAUCUGGGCAUACUCACAGCCACCAAACAUCAAGCCAGUUAUCUUCAUACAAAAGUGUGUUACCAUGUUACAAUUCUCAGUUUUCAAUACCAGGCAACAAGUCUGUCUAAUCUAACUUUUUCUUCUUUUUUUUUUCCCCAACAAACAUAUAAUUGGUUUUCCCUGAGGUUACUUUUAAGAACUUUUACAAUCUUUCUGUAAGUAUUCCAUAGUUAUUCCAGUUAUUUUAUUCAUUUAGAAACACUAAAAUUAUUGGUUUCAAAGGGAACUGAAUAGUUAAUUUCCUCUAAGUGAGUCUCACUUGCACUGAGGCACAGUUACACUGUCUUAGAAGGAUUCAAAGGCCUUAAUAUAAACAGGAAUCAGCCUUAAUUCAGUUAAUUCUAGUCUCAGCAUGCCACAAAGUAACUGCUGUGAGCCUGAUUCUCUAUUAAACUACAUAUAUUAGUCAUUUACACCAAAUCAGUUUUGAUUUGAGGGCAUUUUUGGCCCUCUUUACAAUGUAAACAUGACUACAGAUGCCAAAGGUGCAGAAUCAGGCUGUGUGCUGAUUCCCCUUAUGAUACUAGGCUGAUGUUACAUAUCUCAAGAUCUUCUCUUAGUUGUUUAAGAGGACAAAAUGGGUCAACAAAUAAAUUGGUGGCUGGGGAGUCAACAGCCCUAAAGUCUGCCACUGGUUCACUGUGUGUUUCUGAGCAAGGCAUUUAUACUUUCUGUGCCUCAUCUUUUUCUGUAUCUCAAAAAUAGAGAUUAUCAUUCUUCCCUGAAUUCACAAAGACUGCUAAAACUUAAUCUGACUGUAUGAUCUUCAGUCUGGACUCUUUUCUCUGUGUGCAACCUGUUGUAGAGUGUUUAGCAUCCUGGGAUGUGGAUAUUAAUUUCCUAUGCCAUACCAAAAAAAAAAAUAUCAAAAAUAUUAAAACAGCUUUAUAAGUACAAGGUAUUGCUAUUACUGUGAACCUGUAUUUCAUUAUACAUUUCAGUACUUUCAGGUUAAAAUCUUUUAUCCUAAACUUUUCUUCCUGAAUACUAUGGAACCAAUGAGCUUUUCAUUUUGUAUGACAAAAAAAUCAGGUGUGUUGAGUGGGAAGGGACUGGGAGAAGAGGGGAAUAGAGAGGAGGUACACACAGAGAAAUGAACAGUCACCAGAACAGAGCCUUAAUGAUCUCUGCUGUCAGUGUUGUACCUACAGUGUCACAUUUAUUACACUGGAAAUAGAGCUUUUAACCAGAUUCAACUGUGUAAGGAACUGGUAUUGUCAAUGCAACUAGAAGACAAGUUCACUGUGCAUAUAGUUGUCUUAUUUGUAAUUCCUAAAAAUGUAGAUUAACAUGUACAUUCAAACAUUGUCUGUCUUCAUGAUAUAUUAAACCAUUACUAUACCUUUUCACCACA